AAACCGAAACGCGUGGCUUAACACGCAAACGUUUCUCGUUUCGUUCUUCACAGUUUCACACACGCUCCACUCUCUCUCUCUUUUUUCAAAUCCCUUAAAUUGACCAUUUCUCAUUUCUUCUUCACACACUUUCUCUCUCUUUCCGAGAUCGAAGAAUUGAAGAAGAACAACAAGAACGUGAUGAAUUCUGAUACCCAACCCGAAACGGCGUCGUUCUGGUGUUACAGUUGCACGCGCUUCGUUAACCUUUCAGAUCACAGUAUCGUCGUUUGUCCACACUGCGAGAGCGGUUUCGUUGAAGAGAUCCAAGCCGGCGAGUCGCCGCAUCACCGACUCAGUCCUUUCCCCGACGACGCUGUUUCUACACGGAGACAAGGGUUUCGCCGCCGAAGACGCGACGCUGGAAGUCGGUCCCCUUUCAAUCCUGUCAUCGUUCUUCGCGGAGCCGGUGAAGAUGGUACCGAUCAAGAAGGCGGUAGCGCGUUUGAACUGUUUUAUGAUGACGGCGACGGUUCUGGUCUUCGUCCGUUACCGCCGACAGUUUCGGAGUUUCUGCUUGGAUCUGGAUUUGAUCGGUUGUUGGAGCAGUUUUCGCAGAUCGAGAUGAAUGGAUUUGGACGGCCGGAGAAUCCGCCGGCAUCUAAGGCGGCUAUUGAGUCUAUGCCGACGGUUGAGAUCUGUGAGGAACAGGUUAGUUGUGAAAUGCACUGUGCAGUUUGCAAAGAGGAGUUUGAGUUGGGCGCGGAGGCGCGUGAACUACCCUGCAAGCAUAUCUAUCAUUCCGAUUGCAUUCUUCCAUGGCUGUCGGUGCGGAACUCGUGCCCUGUGUGUCGUCACGAGCUUCCUUCUGAUCUUAAUAACCCUUUGGAAUCUAGGGUUUCUGGACAAAUUGAUGAAGAAGCUAUCGGGUUAACAAUAUGGAGGUUACCCGGUGGUGGAUUCGCUGUGGGGAGAUUCUCCGGUGGACGGAGUGCAGGGGAGAGUCAUUUUCCGGUUGUGUACACGGAGAUGGAUGGUGGGCUCAAUGCAAACGGAGCUCCGAGAAGAAUUUCUAGAACUGUAAGGAGUCAUAGGGUUAGGGAAAGUCGAGGAAUUGGAAGAGCUUUUCGUAAUUUCUUCUCAUUCUUUGGGAGAAUCGGUUCUAGGUCAAAUUCUGGUUCUGAGAAUGUUUCUGUGAGUAGAAGCCGUAGCUUAGUGAAUUCAAUGUUUAAUAGAAAUUCACGCAGACGUAGGAGAACUUUGGAGUUGGAAGAUUGAUUAUGUAAUAGCAAUUAACAUGGCAAUUUUGCAAAAAAAACAUUUUUUUUUUUCGAUUUGGUUAAGUGAUUCUCAGAUUCAUAUUGUAAAUAACUUGUAAUUAGCAAUUACAGAAGCAUGUUCAGUUUUCACAUCUCUGUGGAAACUCUUCUGCUUUGAUUGAAAAAUUCAAAUUCAAAAUCAAUAGAAGCUGUGCUUUGCUUGUUGUUGGUCACUGAAGGCUGCAAUUUGAAAUAUGAGAACUUUGAACAGGUGGCUGCUGAUGCAGGAGAAUACUUUGGCUUAUGCAUUUUCUAGUUGGCACCAGCUGGGUUGUGGCAAUUGAUUGGACACAAUUGGGGGAAAGUAGAAUGAUACUUUAUUCCCAUCCAUGAUCUUAGUUAGUGUAUUUGAUUUGUUUAUAUAAUUAUAGUAUCAUGUUAGUCACAUGCUAGUAUUUGUGAGGAUUCUUUCAAUAAUGUAUGUUUUUGAGAUGCCUCUCUCAUCUUGCACUAUGAAUGUUUUGACUAUGUGCUCUGAUCAUAGAAUAUAAUCUUCUUCUUGGUGAACA